AUGACUUUACCACCAUUAGCGAGACAAUUUCUGGUGGCUGGAUCUACACAUUUGGCAGCAUUAUCAGCUGGAGGCGUCAUAGCAUACCCGAGCGUGUUGCUAGAACAACUGAAGUCUAAUGACACGAUCAUACAAAUUGAUUUACACAAAGGAUCGUGGAUUGGAUCCGUCCACGGUAUCGCCGGGCUACCAAGCAUCUUCCUCCCUCUAAUCAUGCAACACCGAGGAAGAAGAUUCGCCUUCAUUCUUAGCUGCCUAUUCAUCAUCACCGGCUGGAUCGUUACUUACUUAUCACAAAGUAUUGCGACUUUAAUCAUUGGUGAAUGCUUCCAUGGCUUAGGGACUAAUAGUCUUGUGACCACCACUUUUUUGAGUAUCACCGAAAUGGUUUCUCCCGUCUAUAGAAACACAUGUCUUCUCCUCUACGGUGCUGUUCAAGCUUUCGGCAUAUCUUCAGCAGGAAUUCUAGGCAGAUACCUUCAUUGGAAGACUAUAGGCAUCAUCAUGAGUUGUCCAGUUUUUAUAGCCCUUCUGAUUGGUUUUGCCUGGCCAGAAUCACCUUCUUGGUUAGCUUAUAGAAGAAGGUUUGGUGAAUGUGAACAAUGUUUUGUAAAACUGAGAGGUACUGAUGAAGAGGCCAAGAAAGAGUUAAAGGCUUUACUUAAUACCAAAACUGAGGAUGUUACAAGACCUGGUCUUCAAACUUUGAAAAAGUCUGUAGUUAGUAGAGAUUUUUAUGUACCAGCUUUUCAUACUUGUAUUUUGUUAAAUGUCCUAUAUUGGUGUGGAGGUAUGCCAGUGAUCAUAUACGGUACAGAUAUGAUAACAAAAAUAUCUGGAACAAUGAAUGCCAAAGCAAAACUUUUUAUGGACAUUGCUUUCUUUAUUGGCUACAUGAUCGCCUCGAUUUUAGUUCGUUAUUUUAGUAGUAAGAAAGUGAUGUUAUUCAGUCUAAGUGGGACUACUAUUUGUAUGGCCGGUGCUACCAUAUUUUCCUUCUUUAGUGCCAGUUUAAAAAUAGAUUUUGCUCUAUACUGCUUGAUGGCUUUCCAAGUCUUUUUGAGCUUAGGUUCCAGUUGCAUCGGAUUCUCUUUAUCUAGUGAAAUAAUGCCCGUAAAAUAUAGAGGAAUCGGUGGUAGUUUGUAUGUGGUCUUAAUUUGUAUUCUCCAUUCUUCUUGCCUAAAGGCUUAUCCUUAUUUAUGUCUAUUCCUUAAUAUAUGGGGUGUCUUUCUUAUAUACGCGAUUUAUGGGGUGUUUUCAAUUGUUUUUAUUUGGAAGUGUAUUCCCGAUACUAAGAAUAGAACUUUGAAGGAAAUUGAAGAUUAUUACGCUAGUGGACGUUUUAAGGAUGGUCGUGAUCGGGAUGGUGAUGAGACUGUGAAUAAACCUAUGAUCAAAUGUGAUGGUAAUUAAGAUAGACGCACCUCA